GGAGUAGAUAGUCUCGCUGGAGUAAUUAGUAGUACCCAAUAUUUGUAAAGUAACUUCCGGUUGUGCUUACCGACAUGUGGCUGUGUAUUAAAUUGGACAUGAAAUUAUCACCAUAGCAAGUCAGCCCAUCAACAAGAUACAAAAGAUACGGUCUCUGGCAGUUUCGGUGGCGUUCGAGGACAAUGUUGUUGAGCAUGUUUUCUCUAGAAAUCCUUGGAGCAUUCGUUACGACUCUCCUGUGUGUUAUUGGAACAGCGGCCUGGUAUUUACAUCAACAGCACCUGAAGUAUGACCAUCUACCUGGACCUCCACGAGACAGUUUCUGGAGUGGCCACCUGCCGUCCAUCAGGAAAGUGGUAUCAAAAGGUGGAACACUAGGAGAUUAUAUUCUGGACCUAACAAAAACAUAUGGUGCAUUAUUCCGGAUAUGCCUGUGGAACCAGACUUUUGUGGUAGUGACGGGACCUGAGCUCAUAAAGGAAGUCCUCGUGACGGGAAAUCUUCCUAAAUCAAAAACAGUGUACUCCAAACUAACACACAUACUUGGUGUCAGAUAUGUCGGAGAAGGGCUUGAAAGUGAAACUGACAAAAAGAAAUGGAUCAUACAUCGUGUACACUUUAAUCAGUGGUUUAAACCUCAUCACUUACGGCAAUUCACCCCCGACUAUAAUGAGUUUGCCGACAAUCUUGUACAGACACUGGAACAGCAUGCGGACGGGAAAAAACAUGUACAUAUGGAGAAUUUUUUUCAUAAAGUUGCAAUGCAUCUUUUGUCAAAGGUUGCAUAUAACUUUGAUCUGGGAAAACUGGACGGCAAACCUCAUCCUUUUGCAAGUAGUUUAACCUUUACAUUAGAUGCAUUUCCAAAGGUAGUCUUCAACCCAUUUUUCAGUUUGAACCCUUUCUCAUGGAAAUAUUGCCAACAAAUUCGCAAUGCUGUAGCGAAGAUUAGGUUGUAUGCACAUGACCGGUUAACUGAGAGAAGGAAAGCAAACUUAAGGGGAGACCACGUUCCGUAUGAUCUUCUUCAAUCGAUCAUCGAACUGAAAGAGAAAAAUCCUUCAGAAAUAACAGAUGACGUUUUGUUGGACGAGAUCAUCACAUUUUUCAUUGGGGGCCAAGAAACUACAGCCAAUACUCUCAGUUUUAUGGUAUCUUUAUUGUCUCGGAACCCGGAUUGUUACAAAAAAUUACAGGAGGAAAUUGAUACCAAUGUGGCUGCCAUGUCUGUACUAACACCUGCUGAUCUUGAUGACUUACCCUACCUGGAUAUGGUGAUGAAGGAAACACUUCGACUUUAUCCAAUAGUAAAAGCAACUUACCGGGAAGCUGUUCGCGAUUGUAGCCUGGAAGGACAUGACAUUCCUAUUGGAUCUGAUAUAAUGGUUAGUUUCUACGCCACGAGCAGAUCUGAGAAGAACUUCGGAAAUCCUCAUCAAUUCGUACCGGAGCGAUUUGAUCCAAAGGCAAACGAAAGAGUGAGUGCAUAUGCAACCACCCCUUUUUCGGCUGGCCCACAUUCUUGCAUUGGCAAAAAAUUUGCAGAGAUAGAAACAAAGAUCAUCAUGGCUAAGAUCAUGCAAAACUUCGACUUCGAAUUAGUUCCGGGUCAACCCAUGGGCUUUAUUGAUGGCGGGACUCUACGUAUUAAGGGAGGGUCCAUGUGUUUUCUGCGACCAAGGAAGGAGAAAUAUAAUUGAUCUCGUGAAAAAGAUAUAUGUAUUUAUACAUGACUUGCUGGACUAAAAUGCGCCCAAAUCGAAACUUAAUAUAUGUGAUUAUUGCUUGCCUUGUCAUGUUUUCAAAUAUUUUGAAAUCUAGAUACAGAUAUUGUUGAAAUUUAAAUGUCUACCCCUUAAGUAUGAUUAAGAUAUGAUGUUUUGAAUUCAUGCAACAUAAUCAAAGAGGCUUUUUAUCUUGAGCUACCUAAAGUUAUCUUUUACCGGAACACAUCACAAAUUAAUAUAGAUAUAUAAAUUAACCCAAGAGUGAUAACUCAAAAAAUCAAGUGUAUUGCGCUUAUGUAAUUAACGAUGAUCUCCCUUUAAUAUGUGAGUGAACCAAUGGUAAAUACUAUAUAGCUGUUAAAUAUCGCCGGGUUAAUACUUUUGGGUUGCCCCGGUCGAAUCAAUUUCGCAGGUAUUAAACAUCAUCUUAUCGAAAUUCAGUCAAUAUAUUGACACCUCUAGAUAUUUUUGUGAGUACAUAUACAGAUUUAUGAAAAAAAUAACAUCAAUAAAAAUAAUUUGCUGUACAAUUAUUUUCUAGGAUUUCUUUUUGCGCUAAGUUCCAUGAACGCGAAUUAUAAGGAAAUUAAAUACCCCUUGAACAUUACCAA